AUGUAUUGUUUUCGAUUCUUGAGGAAGAAGAAACUAACCUCUUUAUCAACCUCGUCCUUUGUUACACUAACCAAACACCGAACCCUCACUCAAACCCACCAUAACAAUGUCAUUGCUUCGAACAAGAUCAUUGCCAACUACGUUCGAUCUGGUGACGUGGAUUCUGCUCUUCGUGUGUUUGAUAGCAUGACAGUGAAGUCCACUAUUACCUGGAACUCUAUCCUCGCUGCUUUUGCAAAGAAACAUGGGAAUUUCGAACGCGCUCGCCAACUGUUUGAGAAAAUUCCUGAACCGAAUACUGUUUCAUAUAACAUCAUGUUGGCGUGUUAUUGGCACCAUUUUGGCAUCCAUAAUGCUCGUGGUUUCUUUGAUCGAAUGCCUGUUAAGGAUAUUGCAUCGUGGAACACAUUGAUUUCGGGUUAUACUCAAGUCGGGUUGAUGGAUGAGGCGCGCAGGUUGUUUGAAGUAAUGCCGGAGAGAAACUGUGUCACGUGGAGUGCUAUGGUGUCUGGUUAUGUGGCUUGUGGGGAUUUAGAUGCUGCUGUGGAGUGUUUUUAUGCUGCCCCUAUGAGAAGUGUGAUUACUUGGACUGCUAUGAUUACUGGGUAUAUGAAGUUUGGAAGAGUUGAAUUGGCUGAAAGAUUGUUUCAUGAAAUGUGUUUGAAGACGUUGGUGACAUGGAAUGCUGUGAUUGCUGGGUAUGUUGAUAACGGUAGGGCGGAGGAUGGGUUAAAGCUUUUCAAGACGAUGUUAGAAACUGGGGUUAAACCUAAUAAUUUGAGCUUGACUAGUGUGUUGUUGGGUUGUAGUGAUUUAUCAGCUUUGCAGCUAGGGAAACAAGUUCAUCAAUUAGUUUGUAAAUCUCCAUUGAGUAGGGAUACCACUGCAGUGACUUCUUUGAUUAGCAUGUAUUCUAAAUGUGGGGAUCUUAAGGAUUCGUGGGAGUUAUUUGUUCAGAUUCCGCGAAAAGAUGUUGUAACCUGGAACGCUAUGAUUUCUGGUUAUGCUCAACAUGGAGCGGGUGAAAAGGCACUUCAUUUGUUUGAUGAGAUGAAAAGGGAAAACAUGAAGCCAGAUUGGAUUACUUUUGUUGCAGUGUUAUUAGCCUGUAACCAUACAGGAUUGGUAGAUCUUGCAAUCCAAUACUUUAACUCAAUGGUAAGGGAUUUUGGUAUUAAAACUAGGCCAGAGCACUAUGCAUGCAUGGUUGAUCUUCUUGGUCGAGCUGGUAGGUUAUCUGAGGCUGUAGAUAUGAUAAAAGGUAUGCCUUUUAAGCCCCAUCCCGCUAUAUUUGGAACACUUCUAGGUGCUUGUAGGAUCCAUAAAAACUUGCACAUGGCUGAGUUUGCUGCUAAGAAUCUGCUUGAGCUUGAUCCAACUAGUGCAACUGGAUAUGUUCAAUUGGCUAAUGUUUAUGCAGCACAAAACAAAUGGGAACAUGUGGCUAGGAUCCGAAGAUCAAUGAAAGAAAAUAACGUUGUGAAGUCCCCUGGAUAUAGUUGGAUCGAAAUAAACAAUGUUGUGCACGAGUUUAGGUCAAGUGACAGAUUACACCCUGAAUUGGUUUCUAUUCAUGAAAAACUAAAUAAAUUGGAAAAGAAAAUGAAGUUGGCAGGCUAUGUCCCAGAUCUUGAAUUUGCAUUGCAUGAUGUGGGAGAGGAGGUGAAAGAAAAGCUUCUUUUAUGGCAUAGUGAGAAACUUGCUAUUGCAUUUGGACUUUUGAAGGUACCAUUAGGGGUUCCAAUCAGGGUGUUUAAAAAUUUGAGGGUUUGUGGAGAUUGCCACUCUGCAAUCAAAUACAUCUCAGCUAUAGAAGGAAGAGAAAUCAUUGUUAGAGAUACCACAAGGUUUCAUCAUUUCAAGGAUGGGUUCUGCUCCUGCAGUGAUUACUGGUAA